AUGGAAACAGAAGACCCGCUAGAUUUCGUGCACGCUGCCAUGUCCGAGUCGCUACUAUCGCGGCUUUAUUGGGCGUUGAGUCCAAACGAGCAGUUUGCGGCCGUUUUGGGGCUGGACCAGGAGAAGCAACUGGAAUCCUUCCCAGGCACAAUGUGUCACGAAAAGGCUCGAAUUAAAAUUCAAAAGGGACUUGAUCAGCUCACAACACAUUCUCGCAAUGCCGAGGAGGUCAUUGUUCAUAUCGAAAAAUUUUCAGCACAUGAAGAAAUAGUGGGAGCAAAGGAGAGUUUGAAACCCUCGAAUGAUGCACCAAAAGGCAACACCAUUAGCACAAGCAUCACUGUGACUAGUGCAUCUAAAGUUUCUGAUACUCUUAAUCUAAGUCAACUCGAACGCGUUGCACCCACCGCAUCUUCUACAAUCUGGGUCACGGCAAUAGACCUCGAUUAUCCACGCCCACCUCGAGUUGCAAAUGGUGCGCAUACCUUCCGAUGCCCGUGUUGUUGUGAAGUACUGCCUGCCGAGAACGCAGACAAAACAGAUGGAGGAAACACGGAUGAUUUGAGUCCCUACACCUGUAUUUUAGCCAACUGCGAUCAGCCCGACGUCCUUUUUAAUACGAAGCAAAGCUGGCAGCAACAUCUGCUGAAGGAUCACAGCAGUCUGAUAUACUGGAUAUGCUUUACAUGUGGCGACGGGUCUCAAUUCAUGAGUAAGGAAGCUUUUGUGCAGCACAUAAACUCCAAUCAUGCAGCGACUAUUCCGUUAGACAAAAUCCAAGUUCUUCUCGAGUUUUCGCAGAAGAAUACACCAACUGAAAUCCGACAUUGCGCCCUUUGCAAUUGGCUAGAAGAAGAAGAAGAAGAAGAAGAAGAAGAAGAAGAAGAAGAAGAAGAAGAAGAAGAAGAAGAAGAAGAAGAAGAAGAAGAAGAAGAAGAAGAAAGGGUUGAGAUGGAUAAAGACGGUGACAGAGAAGAAAGCAAGGAGAGAAUACGGGACAGCUCUGAAAAAGUUUACGAGUGGCUGGUCAAGAAUAAGAUCCAACCCAACCCUGGUAUGGAACCGAUAUCACCUCGACGCGAGAAAGAAGUCCGUCAAUGUGGUUAUUUUCGACAAAAUGGCUACUUUGCCGGCAGCUCAAAAGCGUCGUCUUUCAGCGAGAUUGACUCUGUCGGAUCGAGAGAUAACGAACUGGAAGAAUUAAGAGCGCUGGGGGAACCAGUCGUUCAUGACGGUCCCUUGGAAUCUGAGCCGGCAUUCCUGGAAGAAAAGGACGUCGAAGAAGAUACACAACAACUCUCUGGCUCCGCAACGGCUGAUUUGAAAAGCCCACAAGACUACACCGUGGCCUGUGUGUGUGCCCUACCUAUUGAAUUAAUUGCUCUUCAAACAUUUCUUGAAGAAAUGCAUGAAUGCCCUCUCGGAAUCAGGAGCGAUGAUCCGUACGAUUACGGGUUCGCGAGGAUGGAAGAGUACUCGAAGACAUCUAUGGCUUUUGCCAUUCAAAAUCUGAGCCAAAGCUUUCCGAAUCUUAGCUUUAGCCUCAUGGUCGGUAUCGGCAGCGGUGUACCCAGCCCAAAAAAUUAUAUUCGUCUGCGAGAUCUUGUGAUUGGCGUUCCAAACGCUAACCAUGGUGGUGUCCUGCAGUAUGAUCUUGGCCAGUCGGCACAGCGUCAAGGUUUCCAGCUCAUUAUGUCUUUCGAUUCGCCGCCACCGGUCCUUCUUACAGCGGUAACUGCCCUCAAGGUUAAAUAUGAUAUCGCCACCAAUGGUAUUGUUGACGCGAUUAUCACGGUCCUUGAAAAGAAUCCAAAUUUAUGGAAGGAAUUUCAACCCCAAAUUCUGCGAGGGAUCGAUUAA